CUCCUCAUCCUCACACCUCUGAAUAUUCUAGGCAUCGGAAACAACCGUCAGCCUGUAGUAGCAGCCUUAUCAAGGGUCUAACACAUUCUUUCAUUCUUGUCACUCGGUGGCGGGUUUCCGCCCUCGACGUUGCUUGAUGGGGACCCAAAUCCUCUGCUCGCCAGGAAGCUCCAUCGACUGCCAUAGAAGCUCCAUCCCCAAGGUAUCCACCCCUGUCUGAUGCAUAGCUCGCUGGAGGAGAGGCGGACGAGGACUCUUGCCCCCUCCCCUCCCCAUUCGCAACCCUGACCUGACUCUCUCUCGCAUUCACAAGCUCUCUCUCUCACCAUCCAGGACAUAGUCACCACCACCUUGACUCAUUGCUAGAGAUUGAGCAGGAGCGUUCCUAUUCAGGUCCCGGUCGACGAGACGAGGGUGAAGAGGAGGCAGAUAUACUACCACUAAUUACAGGUCUUAGGCAGGCAGUAAUGGUGGAUUAUGGUGGUCAUGGGUCUGAACUGCAAGCACACCUGUGCGUUUUACUAGAUUUGAUUAAAAAGUUAUGAACUUCAUUACUUCAUAUAUAUAGAACUGUACUCUCGGUGCGGUUGUUCACUUCCCAUGCAAUCUGAUAAAAUCUUGCUUUGUCAGCUAUUCUACAUUUUAAUGCUGCCAGUAUGUACUCGGUGAAUGAUAAAAUUCUAUGUCAGAAAUUUUGAAAAUGAAACCUGCAACGCCUAUGUGGGAGGAUUUUCUAACCUAAUUACAUGCCAUUGGUUUGAACGAAGAACGAAGUAUAGGAUGUGUAAUAAUGAUAGUUGAUCUGUAACUGCAGCAAAGAAUAUUUUGGGUUUAGAGCCCAAAUGAGCUUCUCACUCUGCACCAAUGUAUAAUUUGCAACCAAAGUUUGAUAUAUAUCAGCCUAACGCCGAAUGAUGUUUUGUUAGUUUUCUUGUAUGAGGAGAGAGUGUUCCAAAUCAUGACACUGGAGCAUUCUUCUCAUUCCUUGGAAGUGUCUUUCUCAGUCAGAAAUCCACUGUUUCUAGGAAUCCCAUAAUUGUGCUAAAUUCCUUUUCAGAUUCUCCUCCUUCAUAUGCUUCCCACUCCCAUUUCGUCCUCUACUCCUCUGUGCUCCCCAGGAGCUAGUUCUUGUCCUCUCCUUGUUUUGCAACUCAUAUACCAACUUCUGUUGCACAUAAUGUAGUUAAUUUUAUGUUCUGGUUUUUUCAGGAGUGGGAAUUAAUUUAAGUUAGUAACUCUAUUUUUUUGUGAAUAAGAAUGUUAGUGGCCAUGUGGAAGCUCAUUAUAUGUUUGCAGACAGUUGAAUCAUUUGAGGGUUAGCGAGUAGCUAGAGGUUGAGCAUUCCUGCUUCUUGGAGAAGAUAUAGUACGUACAACUAUAGAAACAUUCUGGUGUCGGUAAAGAAGCAAUUUUUUUGUGUGGGAUUUGUUUUGCCAAUACUUCAAAUUACAAUUUGGAUGGUUGAAUAUUCACCUUUCAGUAACAUGUCAACUGAUGCAACCUGUAAAUUUGUAUAAGAGCCACAGAAAUUUAUGGUAAUCCACCUUUUGUUCCUUUUUGGACAGCAAUCAUCAUUGUUUGAACCUUUAAGGGUCAUGAUAAUUGAGGACAUGAUCUACUUAAUACCUAUCAGAGGACUUGGCAAGCCUAUGCUUGAAAAGAGAGCUACUAUUUGUAGACAUUGAUAAAGACCCUCCAAAGACGCUUCUAUAGAAAGAUGGACAGGUAGUAUCAUCGCAGCUUGAAUCAAUUCAGAAAAUGCUCUUCUCACUACUUUGUGUUCAUGAACUGAACAAAGACCUACUGGCAGAUAUCCCACCCUUUCUGGGGAUUUGACCCCUAGAAAAAGUGUUGGUUGAGCAAUCUGGUUGUCAGAAAGAUCCUGCUAAUGAAUUGUCUGGGCUUAUCGACCUUAGCAGCUUGAUGCAGGAAAGCCAUGUUACUCUGCCCACUCUGAAUGGAUACAUGACCAAACAUAUAUUUGCUGCUUUGUUCAGAUGUAUGCAUUACUUGAGUGUUGCACCGGCAGGUUCUGAAGUAUGCCAGUUUAAGAUGCUUCUUGAUUAUCCAGUUGCUUAUUUGUUCACUAAAGAUCAUGUUGCUGAUGCAAUAUCAAACCUGUCUUCCGAGCCUCUUCACCUUUACAUGAUUUUGGUUUGCAGAAAUGUGGUAUCCAAGAAGGACAAUUUUCCUAAUGAGGUAGUAAGCAUUUUGAGAGCGAUUUCAUCUCUAUGGUCAACAACAAUGGGAACAGUUUGCCAUUUCAUCUUUCUGUUCUAAAACCAUGGCUACAUGGGGCGUUUGGUGUUGGGGCUGGCCUUCAUCAUCCCAUCAAGCUGCAACGAAUAGCGCUCCUGCUGUUCUCUGAUCAGCUGGUCAAAUUGCUGCAAGUAUUCUUCCUCCAGUCGAUUCAAUUGCUUUCCUGUUGUCUGCCAUGUUUCUUCUUGACUCGUGUUUGUUUGUGUUCUAAUAUCAGGGUUGGGCCUCAUCUGUCGACCAAUUUGCGCCAUGAGCUGCUCCUGUUGUUGCUUUAUAAGCUGGUCAAAUUGCUUCCUGUAGAUCUGCUGCUGUUGCUUCCAUUGAUCAUCUGCGGCCUCCAUUGCCGGUCUCCGGUGAGGUUCAUCCCCAACGAAGCAGCUACCCUUCAUCUCCUCAGCAAAUUGCAAGAGGAACUGCUCGCUCUGUUGCUCUACCACCUUUUGAAGGGCUUCAAUUCCGGGAGUUUUCCAAGUUUGGACUCCAAACAAAGGCUUGGAGUUCAGCUCCUCAGCAAGUUGCAUCAAAUACUGCUCGUGCUGCUGCUCUGCCACCUUCUCCAAUGCUUGCAUUCCCGGAGAAUAUUGUUGAGUUGGUGUCCCUAACACAGGCAUCUGCCUCAUGUCGUCGGCAAAUUUCAUCAGCCACUGCUCUUGCUGCCGCUUCAUCUGGUUUUGGAUGGCCAUGUACCCUGCACUGCUGCCACUCAUACCAGCCAAGUUGUAGGGUCCAUAGAUGAGUUCUUGCCAAACUUGAUCAACAAUCAAGCGGAUCAGUGCCGCCUCAUUGCUGCCCUUGUAAAGGAACACAAGCAAAAUACUGAAUCAGAAUUAGAUUGAUUCGUUUCUUACUGAAAUCAACAACAGAAGCAUGGAGUGGGCCUGAGAUCUCAGCAGAUUAAUGGGCAGUUGGGCAUAACGCUUGCGGAUCGAACACCCAACUGCGCCUUUAAGACUCACCCAUUAGCAACGUUUCUGAGAUCGUAACCAGAGAUACCAGCAGCUUCCCGCAAAGCCUUCCUCCACUCCAUCACCGUGCUCCUGUCGAAGCGUAGUUGGUAGCUCUGGAAGGCUGCCUCGAAAGUACCUCUCUGAUGCUGGACGUCGGAAGGAUCGACGUGGUAGAAGAUGGGGAUGAUCUUCUUCCUGAACUCUAUCAUCUUGGCCAGCUCCAUACCAUUAGGCACCACCUGGAGUCCGCAUAGGACGGAGACAGUAUGGGUAUGCAGACGGCCGACCUCUCGAUCGCACUGACUAUCCGCUCUUUGAUAUUAUUUCCCCUCUCCAAGCUCUCCUCGUCGAUGAAAGACUUGAUGCCUCUCUGAUACAGAGCUUCAUGGAGGUGUCCUGCGAAGCCUUUCCGAGUGUCUUCCCCUCUGAAACUGAGAAACACUUCAAACUCUAUGGAAGAUUCUUCCUGAACUCUAUCAUCUUGGCCAGCUCCAUACCAUUAGGCACCACCUGGAGUCCGCAUAGGACGGAGACAGUAUGGGUAUGCAGACGGCCGACCUCUCGAUCGCACUGACUAUCCGCUCUUUGAUAUUAUUUCCCCUCUCCAAGCUCUCCUCGUCGAUGAAAGACUUGAUGCCUCUCUGAUACAGAGCUUCAUGGAGGUGUCCUGCGAAGCCUUUCCGAGUGUCUUCCCCUCUGAAACUGAGAAACACUUCAAACUCUAUGGAAGACGAAGAAGAUGAACCUGAUGAUGAUAAUGAUGACAUGGGUGACAGAUUUAUGAUAAAGCUAUGUGAGAAGAAGAAGAAGAAGAAGGAGAAGAGUGGCAGUGGAAGAGAAGCAGUCUGAUUGGAAUUUUAUAGCGCCUUAUUGACUUCAUGCGCAUGGUCUGUCCAAGCUUGACUUCAUUCUGCUUUUUAAGAAAUGAAAUGGUCAACAGUCUCUAUUUUAUUAUUA